AUGGAGACACAGAUGCCUGAUCGCAUCCGCAUCAAGAAUCGGCGAAAACGAUACCUGGAUACUCAUCCAGAAUACUUUGGACCUCAGCUUGAGCUGGCAGAUCCGCUUCUUUACGACCGAUUGAUCCGCCGCUUCCAAACACCCGCUGAACGCGAAGCCGAAGGUCGGCAAAAAGGAUACUCUGGCAUCCUCGAGGCGGACCUGUACCGGAGCGAAGCGAAGCUCGAAGCGCUGCGCCACCCAGACCCUCAUGCCUUGUUUACAUAUAAGCGCGGGCCGAACGGGGAAAUAUUGGCGGAAGAUCGAGAUGAAGUGCCUGCGACCAAGGAGGACGGCCUCGCCAGAUGGAAGUGGGAGAUGCAGGUCCGCUUUCUGAGAGGCGGAGAUGACGAUUUCGACUACGACUCGGUGGACUACAAUCCCGAAUACGACGAUCGGGUCCUGGAAGAGAGGGAUGCCGAAGACAGGUACUUUGACGAAGAGGAGCCCGAGUUUGUCAAGGGCGAGGAAGGACUUCCAAAAAGUCAAAGUCAUGAUUUAGAGGGGGAGACUGGGAUUCAAGAUUUCUGA